CUCUUCCGUUCACUUUGCGGAGUAUAGACCAGGAUUCUAGCAAGUUUUUUACAAUCUUUUUAAAAACGAAAUCAAGACAAAAUUAUGAAUCGAUCGAUAUCUUUUUUGGGCGACAACAGAAGAGAAUGAAGGGUGGAUUGCUUUUCCGUGGUUGGAAGACACUGACCUCGAGAGGUUUUUCCUCUUUGAAUGAUAAAUCUCUUCGUGUCUGCGUCAUUGGCAGCGGCCCUGCUGGUUUUUACACUGCUGAGAAGAUGUUGAAGGCACAUGAAAGAGCAGAAGUUGAUAUUCUUGACCGGUUGCCAACACCAUUUGGAUUAGUUCGCUCGGGAGUGGCACCAGAUCAUCCUGAAACAAAGAUUGUUGUUAACCAGUUCUCUCGGGUUGCUUCAAAUGAGAGGUGCUCAUUCUUCGGGAAUGUAUCACUAGGAUCUGAUGUUUCUUUGUCUGAACUCCGUGAUAUGUAUGAUGUGGUUGUUGUUGCUUAUGGUGCUGAAAGUGACAGAUCUCUUGGUGUCCCAGGGGAAAAUUUGAAAGAGAUAUACUCGGCAAGAGAGUUUGUGUGGUGGUACAAUGGACAUCCUGACUGCCGUUACAUGGCACCUGAUUUGAAGUGUACUGAUACAGCUGUAGUACUUGGCCAGGGUAAUGUGGCUCUUGAUGUUGCACGUAUUCUUUUGCGACCUAUGACCGAGUUGCAGACAACAGAUAUUGCUGAACAUGCUUUAGUUUCUCUUCAGGAAAGCACCAUAAGAAAGGUUUACUUGGUUGGAAGACGAGGCCCAGCACAGGCAGCUUGCACAGCAAAGGAACUGCGUGAAAUUCUUGGCAUGAAAAAUCUGCAAGUUCACAUUCGGGAAGCUGAUCUAGUUAUAUCUCCUGCUGAUGAAGAAGAACUAAAGGCUAGUAGAAUUCAGAGACGAGUCUAUGAUUUGCUAUGUAAAUCAGCUACUUCCCAUCAGAGACAUGAUUUUGCUGGCCAGCGAGAACUUCAUUUUAUAUUCUUCAGGAAACCCGACAAAUUCGUGCCUUCAGAGGAUGAGUCCAGAGUUGGAGGUGUACGACUUGAAAAGACUUGUCUGAAAGCAAAUGGUCUUUCCGGAAAACAGGUUGCGAUUGGAACUGGACAGUUUGAAGGCCUCAAUUGUGGUUUGGUAUUGAAGAGCAUUGGUUACAAAUCUGUGCCGGUUGAUGGAUUGCCUUUUGAUAAAUACAGAGCAGGUGUAGUACCCAAUGUGAAAGGCAGAGUGCUCAGCAGCGACCAGCCCGAGAAUGUUAACAUAGAGCAAGGAUUAUAUGUUGUCGGGUGGUUGAAAAGAGGGCCGACAGGAAUAGUUGCAACAAACCUCUAUUGUGCUGAAGAAACUGUUGCAAGCAUUUUGGAAGACAUCGAUAACGGUUUGAUUGCGUCGCCGUUCGGAUCACCUAAACCAGGCAGGCAAGGGCUCCUCCAAGCUCUGGAAGAUAAGAAUGUCAGGUUUGUGCCAUUCGGUGGAUGGGAGAAGAUAGACUCCAAGGAAAAGUUGGAAGGUCAACUGAGAAACAAGCCAAGAGAAAAGCUAACAACAUGGGAUGAGCUCCUCAAAGCUGCACUUGGAUGAUGAACAGAAAGUGUAGCUUUUCCUACAUUAUUUUUUCUGGCUAUUUCUGUUGCUCAAAAUAAGUUUCAAUUUCGAGGAGUUCAAAGUUAAUGAAUUCAUUCAAUAACAAAUUAAGAAAUUUGUAGGCCACAGAACAACAUGCUUCAAUGUUCUUUGAAAUUCCAA